UCCUCUCCGGACACACGACACAUCCCCUUGUCUUUUUUGUAGGACAAAGAGCCAUGGCCGCUUGAGCUGCCGAGGUCCACUGGGCCCUCCCCUUCUCAAGUAUCACUCGCCACUACCAACCGUGCUCUCUUCUCGCCAUCUUCUCGCGACUCGAAGGAUGGAAUCUACAGCAGAACUACAAGAAUCAGAACUUACCGUACUAAAGUCGAUAUACGGCGAUGAUUUCAUCGAAUGUCCGCCUCCAAAGGCAUGGAAGGGAGCCGCCAGGCUUCACGAAUUUAUCAUCAAGGUAGCACAUCCACUCGAGGAACAUGCAUCCAAAGUAUACUUUCACCUACACGUCGUAUUUCCCAAGACUUAUCCCACGAACACAUACGCCACAUUCACGAUACAACAACCGAUCAAGGGUUUGUCACACGAGCAAGUCUCGAAGUUAUCGAACGCUAUCCACGCAGAGGCUAAGGUGCGCAAGGGGUCUGAGGCAGUUCACGAUAUCGCUUGCCACGCACAAGACUGGAUAUCCGCGAAUGUUACUCCUCCGAAGGAGAUCGUAGGCUCACUAGCGACUGAAAUGAACAAGCGUGCCGUCGAGGAGGAGAGGGCGAAACGUGAACAAGAAGCAGUCGAGGCCGAACACCAACGCGAGCUCGCCCGCAUCCAAGCCGAACACUUCAACGAACAGAUCCGCCUCGACGUCCAGCGGCAACAAAAAGAGAGAGAACAAUGGGCUCGGAUACAUAACCAGCAGCAGCAAACGAGGGAAAGAGCGGAAUCAAAUGCGACAGAUUCCACGGAGGUUCCGGGAGACGAGGAUGGAGGGAUAGGAGGAGGAGGAGCAGGAGGAGCGGUGGUCGUUUCAGAGGAUGUGUUGACGCAGAGUUUUGAUAUGGAGGUGGAGAUUGCGGGGAUUAGGUUUGAUACGGUGAAGUUGUUUCAUCCGAGGAAAGAGUGUUUGGGCAUGAUGUAUUUGGCAGAUCCGGUCUGUGAAGAUGCCAACGCUACGCUUCCUCUCGAAGUGCACGUCAUCACCUUCGACGCGAGUUACUACGCUACAACCCAAGGAAAGAAGAAACUCAGACAAGCCGAGAACGAGCUCCAGAAGCUGAUCAACAUCCGCCAUGUCAACCUCCUCAGCGUCUACGCCGUCAAGCUCACGCUCCCCUUCUCCGGUCCUCCAAAGCUGGCCAUCCUCCUGGAACAGAGGCCGUCGAUGACCCUCCACGAUGUUUUGGAGGAUUGCGAUGCCCUACGGGAGGAGCGCGCGACUGACUACCUCGUGCAAAUCCUCUCCGGCCUUCAAGCAAUCCACUCUGGGGAACUCGUCCAUCGCGGUCUCACCACCCAUUUCAUAGGACUCGCAAACCGGACGGAAGCCCCAGGUCAGGGACAGUCGAAGGUGGUGAAGGUGGGCAAGGCGGCGUAUUAUAUGCGUUUGUUGGAUCUGCAUCGAUCGAAUCCGUUUGGGAACGACAUUUCAAGCGUUAUCGGAUACUUCAAUUUACCGCAGGAAUGGCUCGGGAAGGACGCAUUGGAUUCUGCCUUGGUCUACACUCGCAGUCGAGACUUGCAUUGCGUGGGAAUCAUUCUGCUGCAGAUGCUCCUCGGCCUGGACGUCGUCAACCGGUUUCCUGACGCCCAGAGCGCCAUGAAAGCUUCUGUCAUGUCGGACUCGUUACAACGCCACGCGAAGAGUAUGCUCUCGCCUAAGAAGGCCGUUUCUCCUGCAACCAUCCUCGCAGAUCUAGAUUCCGCAUUUCACAGCAAGACGAAGACCGCAGCUAUCCCGAUAUCUAGUCUUACCCCAGGCCCGAAGACACCACAGACUAUGAACUAUAACAGUUCGCCCGAGAUUGAUUAUUUCAGGCCUGCGGCGGUCAUCCAGCCGAAGAAGGAUAGUCGGUGGAAAGAUGAUUGGGAGGAGCUGGAGUUGCUUGGGAGAGGUGCGUUUGGGUCUGUCGUUAAGGCGAAGAAUAAGCUGGAUGGUGCUAUCUAUGCCGUCAAGAAGGUCAAACUCAGAUACCCAGAAAGCGACGCGAAGAUUUUGCGUGAAGUUCACGCUCUAUCAAGGCUCAACCACCGCUCUAUCGUCCGGUAUUCGACCGCCUGGAUUGAGUACCAUUCUCCGCUCAACGACGACUCCCUAUCCAGCUCUGAAUCUGGCUCCGGCCCUCCUUCCAUCGGUGCCCCCGACGAUGACUCUGACGGUCUCUCUGACGGUGACGGUGAUGAAUCAGACUCGGAGUCUGGCUCGGAAGGGACGGACGACGGGAUGACUUCCGUUCCCAACAGUCACGACGGAAGCUCGCGCAGGCAGAAGUCCACGACGACGCAUAAGAAGAGGGUGAAACAGCGUAGGUUCUUCCGGGAGGGCUCGACGGAUCCGUAUACGGUCGAUUAUAACGAUUUCGAUCGGGACAAUAAUAACAGCGGGACGUCGUUUCCCAGUAUCCAUUUUACGUCUUCCGGGUCGGGGGAGAGGAUGAUCCCGAGCGACGAGGAGUUUAGUGAUGAGCAGGAGUUGGAUGUGUUCGAUGAGGCGCCUUGGAAGGGUGGGAGGAACGGGAGCAGGAACGGGGUAGGGGUAGGGUUAGGAUCCAUGGAUGGCGCCGGGAUGGAUGAUUUCGAUGUUGGAACGCCGAAUGCGGAUAGUGUGUUGAAGGACCAGAUGGCUCUGCGAGGGCUGAAUGCAGGUGCGAGCGCGAUCAUGAAUGGAACGUCGAACGGGAAUAGGAACGGCUUGUUGAGACCACCGGGGACGGGACAUCUGAUGGCGAGGCUGGUUAGUCCGGAAAGGAACGGAGAAGUGUUUGGUAGGCCAGCGACACCUGUGCCUGCAGUUUCGAGGACGCUAUAUAUCCAGAUGGAAUUUGUCGAGCGUCAGACAUUGAAGGAGCGCAUCGCUGAGGGCUUGACGGAAGAUGAUGGCUGGCGGCUGUUGCAACAGCUGGUGGACGCCCUCAUGCAUAUGGACAGCAUGGGAAUCUUACACCGCGAUAUCAAAUUGACCAAUAUCUUCAUAGACAGCAAAGGCGACUGCAAAGUUGGUGAUUUCGGUCUUGCCACCACCAGUGCAGCUGUCGAUCCAUCCGAUGUGUCUCCUCACAUCACAUCUACCGAGGCCGACAUGACGCUAGAGGUUGGGACACGGUUGUACAUCGCGCCUGAGAUCUUGUCCCGCAAGAAAGGACCAAGAAAUCACACCAAGGCGGACAUGUAUAGCCUUGGCAUCGUAUUCUUCGAGAUGAACUACUUCUUUUCCACAGGUGCAGAACGUAUCGCUGUUAUCGAGAAUUUGCGUAAGCCGGAGAUCGUGUUCCCACAUGACUGGGACACACUUCGAACGCGGCAGAGACAGAUCAUCACCUGGCUCCUUCACCACGAUCCUGCGGAGAGGCCGUCAGCGCUGGACCUUUCGCAAAGUGGCCUCUUACCUCCAAGGCUCGAGGACGAAUAUUUCAAGGAUGCAAUCCAAAUGAUGGCCAAGCACGAUUCACCCCAUCAUCAGGCCGCAUUGCAGGCACUUUUCGACGAACCACCCAGAGACAUCAGCACCGUGAUGUACGACAAAGAGGUCGAAUACCCCGAACAUGCCACUCUCACCAGCGUCGUGUACGACACUCUGUCUGACAUCUUCCGCUUGCAUGGUGCUGUCGACAUGGAACCACCGCUUCUCAUACCAGUCGCUAAGAACGACGAGAAAGCCAACCGGGCUUUGCUCCUGGACCAUCAUGGAGAAGUAGUAUCGCUGCCGGAUAACGCGCUCGUCCCAUUCGCUCGCUUGGCCGCGCGCACAAAUACCCAGAGGAUAAAGAGGUUUCACAUCGGUGAUAUCUACCGACCGAACGUUGGUACCGGUCAUCCUCGGGUUUCGAAAGCCGCUGUGUUCGACAUCAUCACGACGGAUCUCGCGAACGGCGGAAGUGCGGCCAGUGCAGAGGCCAUGAUCAUUAUGCACGAAUGUCUCAACUCGUUCCCGAAUCUCAGCCAAUACUAUGACAUACAUAUCUCGCAUUCCAAGAUCAUCGAUAUAGCUCUCAACCGCAUCCCCGAUGAUAUUCGUUCCGCCGUCGUCGAGAUCCUCACGCAGACGAGGUCUAGUUGGGCUCAGAAGCGGUCUGCUCUAUUGAAGAGUGGCUUGAUGCGAACGACCGUCGAUGAGCUGGAGGUUCUGAAUGAUGCCGACGACGACGUGGACGGCCUCCUAUCCAGACUAGAGAAGGUUUCGCCUCAUCUACACGCCCUGACUGCGCUUGCUGCAGACGAGAUCAAGAAGGCUAUCCAAUAUGCGGUCAUCGCUGGCGUUUCACGACGUAUCAUCUUCCAUCCGAUGAUGAUCAGCGACCGUAAAUCCCUCUUCAAGGAUGGUAUCUAUUUCGAAGUCGUGCGACGGAACAAGCACGGCGAUGUUCUUGCUACCUCUGGAAGAUACGACCACCUUAUCUCCAAGUACUCUGCUCCUAAGUUGAAAGGCGAUCCUGUAUGUGCUGUCGGUCUACAAAUCUCUCUGGAGAAGAUCCUAGUGGCCCUUGCAUCCUUCCAAGCCGUCUCGGUGAAAACAUUAUUCAAGGAGCAACGAUCGUUCGGCUUCUGGAGUCCUCGUCGAUGCGACGUCUAUGUUGUCUCAUAUCAACCAGGGUACCUGAACGAUAGGCUGGAGGUUGCUGCACUACUGUGGCGUAACAACAUCAGCGCCGAUGUUAUGUAUGAGUCCGGUCUUCCUGACCGUGAGCAUGAGAACCACUACGAUCUCUGCAACAGGGAGGGUAUCUUGUUCACAGUCUGGCCACGUCCUCGCGGUAUGCGUCGAGAUCAGCCUGCUUUCCGCGUCAAGAGUAUCCUGAAGAGAACCGAGCAUGACAUUUCACGACAGGAACUGGUCGGGUGGUUGCAACAACAGAUAUCGGAGCAGAAACGCAUCGAUGCGACCACGUCGGGUGCACCUGCUGUAUCUGAAGCCUAUCAAGGUCCCGUCCAGUCCAAGGAUACCGGCAAUGCUCCCGAGGUUCAACUUGUACUUCCUGUGGACACCAAGAAGCAGCGAAAACAGACGAAGCAGAUUUUCUUGGAUAGAGCUUUCGAGAUGGGUGUUCAGAUCAAGACUGCCGUGCAGAGUGGAUUACCCGUUAUCGCUGUGGACGUCUCCGCUUCCGUCUUUGACUCCAUGGCCAAGUCCUCCAACUGGGUCACGGACGAUGAGGCUUACAAAUCUAUCGCAGCUAGUUUCUCAACACCACAAUCUCCCGGUUACGCGUAUCAAGUCCGAGAGUCUGUCGCUCGUAAGCGCGCAGAUGGUCAUCGUUUUGUGUUAUUGUUUGCUGUUCGAGACGAACGUGUCGCGCUUCUCACUCUCUGAUGCUUCUACACAUUUCUUCCUCCCUGACCUUGGAUUAUUCUGUCUCUCUCUCUCUGCCUCUAUUCUAUAUAUCUUUCGAACACGAACACGUCUACUCUCAACAUGGUUAUAAUCAGUCUCAAUAUACUCACUCAUGUCUCAUGCUGUUGAUUCCGCUCGCAUCGCUGAUAUGUAUUCUACACUAUGUAUUUCUGCU